GCUGCACACAGAGGGGCAGUAGCUGAGCCCCCCCUGACAGGGCUGGUAAUGAGCUGCUGCUGAGGUUAAUGGAGAGACUCAGCAGAUAACCGGGGAUGAGGACAUGAAAGAGAAGUGAUUGUGAGAGAACAGAGAGGCGUUAUCUGCAAAGGGUGUCAGGAAGAGGGUAGGGACAUACAGAGGGGGAAGCAGGGAGCUGCAGCCAGUGAAUGAGAGACAUAGGAGGAGACUGCAGGGACAGAGCAUGUGUAACAGAGUCCAGUAACCAGGGACAACCACACAAGCAGCACAGACACUGCCUGCACAGUAAGCAGAGAAGGAGCAUCAAGCAGAGAGGCCACAGUGUGCAGCAAGCAGAGGGGGUGCAGAAAGGAGAGGCCACAGUGUGCAGCAAGCAGAGGGGGUUCAGAGAGUCUAGAGGCCCAGUGGGCAGGCGGCAGAGAGGGAGCAGUGUGCAGGCAGCAGAGAGGGAGCAGUGUGCAGGCAGCAGAGAGGGAGCAGUGUGCAGGCAGCAGAGAGGGAGCAGAGGCCGCAGGCAGCUCAGGGGCCUCCACCAUUGUCGGCACCGAGGAGAGAGGCGGAAACCUGAGCUGCAGGAGCCACAUCUCCCUCCCAUACACACACAGACGACUUCGGGGAGGCUGCAGGAAGCGCCUCGUCUGCCCGGGGACAUCUGGAGGCUGCGAUUCAUGAAUUAAUCAUCAGGCUCCGAGACAAUGGGCAAAUCCAACAGCAAACUGAAGCCGGAGGUGGUGGAGGAGCUGACCAGGAAGACCUACUUUACAGAGAAGGAAGUGCAGCAGUGGUACAAAGGCUUUAUCAAGGACUGUCCUAGUGGUCAGCUGGACGCCACCGGAUUCCAGAAGAUUUAUAAGCAAUUCUUCCCAUUUGGAGACCCCACAAAAUUUGCCACUUUCGUCUUUAAUGUUUUUGAUGAGAACAAAGAUGGGAGGAUUGAGUUUGCAGAGUUUAUCCAGGCCUUGUCGGUGACUUCACGUGGGACGCUGGAUGAGAAGCUGAGAUGGGCUUUUAAGCUGUAUGACCUGGACAAUGACGGGUACAUCACACGGAACGAGAUGCUGGACAUAGUGGACGCCAUUUAUCAGAUGGUGGGGAACACGGUAGAGCUUCCCGAGGAGGAGAACACCCCAGAGAAGAGAGUAGAUCGGAUUUUUGCAAUGAUGGACAAGAACUCAGACGGUAAACUCACCCUGCAAGAAUUCCAAGAAGGAUCAAAGGCAGACCCAUCAAUUGUGCAAGCGCUGUCACUAUAUGACGGGCUGGUAUAGAGACCACCGACCACAACUGUGUGUAAGUGACCUG